AAUUAGUUAAGAUUGAAUCCGACAUGCAAACAGUACAGAUUAGUUCUUGCCUACUCCUUCUACUGACCAUUGGAGUUGCUGUUCCCACUGUGACGGCACUGUCCAGUCGGGUGUUGGAUGGAGAGGCUGCAGCUGUCGGUUCGCAUCCCUAUAGCGUCUCCCUGCAAUGGAAUGGAGAUCAUGUCUGUGGCGCAGCCCUGAUUAGCGAUAGAGUCUGCUUGACUGCUGCUCAUUGCGUCACCCGAGGUGGCGGCAUUGAAAGUUAUCCGGCAAGAAGUUUUGCGGUACGUGCGGGCAGCAUUCAACGCUCAGCUGGAGGUCAACUGGUCCCCGUCUUAAGGAUUGUCGUGCACAAGGGUUAUGCCGAUGGACUCAAUGAUCUGGCACUUUUGGUGCUACAGGCUCCACUCACUCUGAAUGCCAAUACUCAGCCCAUUGAGCUGGCAAGUAACGCUCCUCCCACUGGCGCUGAAUUAACCUACUCGGGUUGGGGAUCUCCAAAUCCGAAAGGUCCGAUCAGCCAUCGUUUGCACGUGGGCAGCCAGAAGACAAUCAGUGCCUCCGAUUGUCAGAAACAACUGUACCUCGAGCACGAGGGUCUCAUCUGCCUCGCAUCCGCUACAGAAUCAUCGGUAUCCGCCAAACGCAUGUGCCUCGGAGACGCCGGAUCACCAGCUGUCUACAAGAAUGAACUGGUCGCCAUUGGCGCCUUCUAUGUCGGAGGCUGUGGCACAAGCAAACCCGAUGGAUUCAUGAAUGUUGCCUACUAUCGCGACUGGAUCAAAGAAAAUAGUCCAUGAAUGAAUUCCUCACCUAACUAUCACAAGAAACGUUUUCCUCUCAUUUCUAAUAUUUAGUUGAUGGGAAAUGGGACUAGCUUCUGUAUAUAUUUAAGAUUUUUAUAAUAAAAAUUACUUUUCACUUGGACUGCA